CAGUAAUUGCGUGAAUACAUUUCGGACGUCGUUCCUCUCAUAAUCAUGUUCUGCAGCUGAACAUAAUGACGAAAAAUCUAUCGCUACUGAUACGGCGGUAUUAAUAUCACUCGUAUCCUCUGUAAUUAUAUAAGAAUAUCUUCAUUAAUUAUAACAAAUAAUAGAAACUUGAAAAGGGCAUUUCACUUAUACAGGAAUUUACACCCUGGACUAAUUCGAAAAAGUACAAUCGAUGCAAUUAUUGUUCUUAGUUUUCAUGCAAAAGGAUUACACAAUAAAAAUCUGCUUUACUCAUACACUCACGUUGCUUAAAGGUAUCUGUAUUCAUAAUGAAAGACUGAAAUUAAACAGGAGAUGGCAAAUUUUACACCGGCCUUGGAUAUUCUGCCAAACUCGACGAGUCAUAAGGUAUUCAUGAAAUAAUUGAAGCAGCUUGCAUUUCUAUUAUUGGAAACAGCUGACGAAUGCAAUAUCCACGGCUCAUUUGUAAAGCGAUUAAAAACCAAUCGCUUCGUAUUCUUUAUAUAAACGGUGAGCAAGAAAAGUUCUUCAUUGAGAACGAUAAAAAUAAAGUCAUAAUACUGUUUUAAAUAUUUAAAUUUUCCCGAUAAACGCAUUCUUUUGAACAAAUGUUAAUUAAUAUAUGCACAUAAAUAUAUAUAUUAAGUGCAUAUAUUAAUCUUUUUUCUUUUUGUUUUUUAAUAGAAAAAGCUGAUCAUUUUGACUAUUAAAAUGAAACACGCUCACGUCCCUCUAAGAAGGAAAUUACAUUUUUUUAAGAAGGAAUUGCAUCGGCUAAUUACGAUACACAACUGUGGAUUCUACAUAUGGUAAGUGGAUUUUAAUUAUAUUUUAAUAAGACUUCGUCGCGGAGCUCGAGCCGCAGCAUUCUCUACGCAGGUAAUCCCGAAGACUUUGCAAGGAUUAUUGACUGAUGAUUAUUAUAAAAGCAAGUUACCGGUAUGGAGCAGGCUACUCAGUGCAAGAUGCUCCGACAGAAAGUAUUUUUACAUUUCACUUGCCUGUUGGCACUCGGCGCUAGUUUGACUCUGGCACUUCCACCCGGAGCACCAUGGACAAACUUCGCAUCCAAACCAGGUAUAAUAUUGCAUUAUUUCUCUUUCAUUAUUCUUUUCUUUUGUGCAGAAGAUGAACUGAAUCUAACGCCCUUUAUCUUGAAAUUUGUAGUUUAUUCGCGAGCCCUUGGACCUCCAUCAGGAAUAGACACGAUAUCCAUACCUUACGUACCAAAAUCUCCGGUCUUUCCAAAGUUCGUCGACCCGAAGAUGUUUAUCUCCAAGAAGACGGAUAUGCUGAGUAAUUUGUUUGGCGGUCUAGGACCAGUUGCAUAUAACGCAGCAGAUACCAAGCCAAUUAUACCAUACGGCGCAAGUGGGUCAUCUUUAGAGACCGCUGACAAUGCGUUAUUCAACAAGCGAGAUGCACUGCAAGAUGGUAAGGAGAAAAUAGCUGACACUAACGGUAUGUACAAACGUGGUAUGUUUGGUCCGUUUCCAAAAUUCGGACCAAUGGGAGCAACAGGUGUUAUAGGUCCGCAAUUCGGUCCUAUAACGCCAUUCUCAUCAGCAGACGCGAUGGCUGAUUAUAUGGACAAAGCACCUUUCUCCCGUAAAAGAAGAAGCAUGGAAGCGGCCUCUUCUGCAAGCGACGUCAAUUCUAUCUCGGGCAGUAAGUUGCAAGCAACAGGCAUAUCGUCCUAUGCAAAAGAUUCGCCGAUAGUAGAAAAACUGUCCGCGACGAAAUCAGCUGACGGCGACGCGCCGAAGGAAUACCUGCCGGGUAUGUUUGGACCUUUCGGACCGGGUGGACCUUACGGGCCCUUCGGACCCUUCGGCUCGAGUGCAUCUUUCGGGCCCGGUGGAUCUUUUGGUGGACCAGCAGUAGAUCCAAGCGCGAUGAUCGGGAAGAAGUCGACAUUUUUAGACGCUCUCUUUAAAAAUCUCGCUACUAGCACUCCAGCGACAACAAUAACCGAUGCACCCACGCCAAAGAGUACCAUCGUGCCUCCAAGUUUCUGGCUGCCGUCUGCUAUAAUUCCUGGUCCAACCGAAUACACCUCGAAGGUGUCGGAUUUCCUGGGUAAACUGUUCGACAGCAUAAAGAUGAACGCAACUAUGCAAGAAGCAAGUGAUGACUCAGACGUGAAGAGUGAUUUUAUGAGAUCUCUGAAAUCCGAUGACAUCUUACCGGACAAGGCCGCAAGAUCCGUAGAUGACGUAUCGUCCAUUACAGCUGCUAAAGACGCAAUUGUCGAUGCGAUACUGACGGAGCUCGGUGAUCUGAAAGGCGACAUGAUAUCGACUUUGAACGACUUGAUUGCGUAUGAGAAGGCCACUGCAGCUGCCGCUCCCGCGGCGAAGAAACCUUUCAAGCCCUUCUCUGGUAUAUUUCCCUUUGCGAAACCAACGAUAGAUCCAACGCUUCCCUUUAAGCAGAGAAUGGCAGUAUUAAGUCAAGUAUUCGACAUGCUGACGGAGCUGGAAAGGAACAUCACUGUGGCUGCGAACAGCGCAAUAAAGACUAACACCGAUACUCCGAGCAAUCCGGAAUUGGCGAGAAUACCAUUAGCUACCGGAGCAGCUGACGUUUCAUCGAUUAACAACACUCUUCUGGACGCUAUUCUAAAUAGGAUAGCCGCCGCUCAGACUGCAAGUCCAGUUUCUUAUCCGGCAAGUUUCAUCAAAGAAAGUCCCAUGAUGAGCAGAGCUAUGCCUCAAGGGCCAACGUCCUUCUGGGUAUCUUAUCCGGAGAGCUCGGCAUCUGUAAUAAAACGACAAGUACCAUAUGACUCACCAUAUUUAGGAUACGAGUAUGAUAAUGACCAGCGUGAUCAUAGACAGUACACAAGAGGCGUACAAAUGCAAAUGCAUCAGGGAUAUCAGAGUCUACCUGCAGGCUCGGUUGAGUCCGUACAAGCUGGGGGAGGAUCUACACCGGAGCACCAAGGAGGAGGAAUCAAGCUUUUGGGGCAAUCUAACGCUUACGGAAACUUAAACAAAUGGGCCGACUGGGUGCAGUAUCACAAGAAUGAGUACGAAGAUAGUAGGCACCAUCAUAACCACCAUUAGGCCAUUCAGCCAGCAGGAGUAUUGUUUUCAUCGAGCAUUCACACGUGACUCAGAUCACAAUGAAAAUAUCUAGAAAAAUGCUGCUCUCCGAAAGAAACAUAUAAGUAAACGUGUACGAUUAAUCGUGUUAUUUCCAAUAAAAGUAUAUGUGGGAAAA